CUUACAGGUCACAUUGUGGAUAACGUCAGGUCUGAUCGAUCUUUGAGCCUACAACGUAUAGGCUUCUCUAUAGCAUAUUCUGCGCGGUCCAAGUUAUGACCACAUGAUACCAGGCAUUGCAUGGCGCUGGAGGCGAAGUGAGUUUUUUUUUUCACGCAGUACAUGGGCAAGGCUUUACAUGCACAUCCGGCGAGCAGGUCGGAUCAGAUUCCAUUGCACAUAUCUCAAUGAAUACACGGAAAGAACCAUGAUCAAUUCAAUUUUAUCUUAUCAAUUUUUUAUUUCAUUUUUGCUUUCUGUGAUUCUAUUAUGGAGUGAAAUCCUUCUAUGCCCUAGACCAUGAGUCCCCAGGCUUUUUCCUUAUCUUCGUCAAAGAGUCGAGACAUUCCCUCUAUGCAAAGCCGAAACCCAUGAGC